UCGCUCACUCGCUCGCUCGCUCAGCGCUCGGUGCGCGCGCGCCCCACCAUCCACAUGCACUGGGACCAUGGAUGCAACCCUCUACCAGAUCAUAUUCGGGGAGCUGGUGGACUUAAAUUGCACUUUGCUGGACGCGUUUCAAGACACUUUGUGGGAAAAUGCUUCACUUUCACUCUUGGGCACUGAUGGUUUCUACUGUAACGCCACUAUUGAUGAGAUUGGCACCUGCUGGCCACGGAGCAGCACCGGGAGGAUUGUGGAGAGACCCUGCCCCGAGUACAUUAACGGAGUCAAGUACAACACUAACAGGAGCGCAUACAGAGAAUGCAUGGAGAACGGCACAUGGGCGCUAAGGAGCAAUUAUUCAAAUUGCAUGCCCAUUUUGGGGGAGAAGAGAAUGUAUCCUGUACAUUACAAGAUAGCGCUGAUCAUCAACUACCUGGGCCACUGCAUCUCUGUGGGGGCGCUAUUAGUGGCCUUCAUCCUCUUCUUGUGCUUAAGGAGCAUACGAUGUUUGCGCAACAUCAUCCACUGGAACUUAAUUACCACAUUCAUCUUGAGGAACAUCAUGUGGUUCCUGCUGCAGUUCAUCGACCACAACAUCCACGAGAGUAACGAGCCGUGGUGUCGCCUGAUGACCACCGUCUACAACUACUUUGUGGUCACCAACUUCUUCUGGAUGUUUGUGGAGGGCUGCUACCUGCACACAGCCAUCGUGAUGACCUACUCCACCGAUAAGCUACGCAAGUGGGUCUUCCUCUGCAUCGGCUGGUGUAUCCCAUGUCCAAUAAUCAUAGCCUGGAGCAUCGGGAAGCUGUAUUAUGAAAAUGAAAAGUGCUGGUUUGGGAAGGACCCCGGCAAAUACAUUGACUACAUUUACCAAGGGCCCGUCAUUCUCGUGCUACUGAUAAACUUUGUUUUCCUCUUCAAUAUAGUCAGAAUACUGAUGACUAAACUGAGGGCGUCGACCACCUCGGAAACCAUCCAGUACAGAAAGGCAGUGAAGGCCACGCUGGUGUUGCUUCCGCUUCUGGGCAUCACCUACAUGCUCUUCUUUGUCAACCCGGGCGGGGACGACAUCUCGCAGAUCGUCUUCGUCUAUUUCAAUUCCUUCCUGCAGUCCUUCCAGGGCUUCUUUGUGUCCGUCUUCUAUUGCUUCCUUAAUGGGGAGGUUCGCUCGGCGGUGAGGAAACGCUGGCACCGGUGGCAAGACAAUCACGCCCUGCGGGUGCGAGUUGCUCGAGCCAUGUCCAUCCCCACGUCCCCAACGCGGGUCAGCUUCCACAGCAUUAAGCAGACCACCGCUGUGUGAAAACACACGCAAUGGUUAACAUGCGUGGUCGGGACCAGCAGCCGCACUCGUGAGGUCAUCAGCUCUAACGGCAAACGGCUGUCCAACGGUCAUUUUAUCAAGAACCGGGAUGGCUGACCAGGGUUUCAGCGCCAUCUUAGCUGGCGUGAAGCGGGUCAUUGGUGGUUGUGGUCAUUGUUCCUUGUAUUGCCAACCAUUUUGGAGCAUUCAAUACUUACAGAAUAUCGAGUUCUGUGACAAUAUAAGCCCUCCCAAAAGAAAGAACAGCGGUUUGUUCCACCCAAAACAAAAUCUUAAAAAGAAACGUCAAGUAGAACGGCAUUUUGAUGCCAAUAUCUCUUUUUUUUUUACACUAAUAACAUCAUAAAAUAAAACAAACUAGACUGGAAAGGCUUUUAAUGGCAAAAUAACUUACUCAAAGAUAUACAACUAUGAAACGUGCCAUUAUUUACUGUAUCGAUAUGCAUGGAUAAAUAAAAAUGCAUCUCUAAACAUAAUAAACAACGCAUAAAUAGGCCAACCAAUAAAGCAGUAGGCAACAUUUUCUGCGGUAUGUGAAAUUAGCAGAAUUGUGCUAUAGUUAGCCAACUGUGCUCAUGCUAUUUUUGACGACCUAUUUUCUUUUUUAUAUGCGGCGCUAGCCACAUUUAAGGUUUGACAAAGACAAACGUGUCAAACUUCUCAUCUUGUUUACAUGAUCUUUUUAUUUAUUUUGUGCUGUUUUGAACUGUAAAUGAAAGACAUUUAUCAUGGAAAGUGGUUCGGUGCUUGUUUCUUUCACUGUAUAUUUCCACAACUCCUCUUAAUAUGCAUUUGUAAAGUGUACAUUUGAUCAAAUUAGUAUUUUGUACAAGUUUGAUACAUCACCCAGGGCAUUGCGCUGUAUGUAUACUGUUGCUGUAUGGGAACUGUCGUAGAUGUUGUCCAGAUGAUACAUUUAAUAUAAAGUCGUGCCUUGAUUUAGGAGUUCCAUUGUUCCGUGAUCACCGUCUCUAUCUCAAAACACUUAAAUCAGUGUCAAUGUGUUGCUGCAACACUUAUCUGUUCCUUAAAGUGUUAUGACACUGUAUAAUUCAUGCUAAUUUUAUUAGCCCAUUAGCAUUUUCAUUUUUGUGAGCGUGAAGAUAAACUUAACUUAGGCAACAUAUGUUAAAAAACAACAUUUAAUUCUCUGUUUCGAGUUAAGUUUGACGGUUAACUAAAGUGGGCGUGGCAUUUUUAACUACAGCAUAUGCCAAAGUGCUGCUGCUGUGCAGUUCACUACUACCAACUAGUACUGUGUCUCAGUUUACUCGUCCAAUACAAAAAAGGCUCUUAUCUAAAAAAAAAUACCCUCAUAAGUCUGGUCACUCAAAAGUCAGGGUACCAAUUAUAUGUAAAUGUGUGUGUGUCAAUGUGUCAUAUGUGUGUACACAGAUGUAUUAUCACUUAAUGGUACAAAAAUGUCCACAUGUAAUUGUAUUUUUGUUUAAAUAAAGAACAAAAUAAUUUGUUCCAAACUUGCCAAAGAGGACUCCAACAUGUUACGUCAAGACCGUCUUAUGGAAAGCAAGCAUCUACAAAGUCAAGAAAGACAAAUUAGUAUAUUCUGGUGAUAACCUUGUUUAUCAUGUACAUUAUACACUUGUUUAUAAAAAAAGAAGCUGCGAAAUCACAUUUGAUAUAUACUGUAUAUAACGUGUAUAUUUGACGUGCGGAUUUGAUGGAAAGCAGUUUGCUAUGUCACCUGUUUUGCCUUACAAAAAAAAACCCCGUGUGCGUCUGUCUGUCUAAAUGACAUCCUUGUCAAUCAAAAAAGAGGAGUAUUUCAAUUAAAAGAUAAACUUGGAA